AAGCCAUUCCUCCUCCCCAGUGUGGCGCCGUCAUGAGACAAAGCAGCGGACCCCAAAGCAGUUAGCCGGGUACCGCGACGAUUGACCAGGAUGUUUAGGAGUCCAAGAGUCCUGGUCUGGGCGUGUCCCCUGAGGUCUCCCCGGCUGUUGAGAGAACCUUACCUUUUUGCUUUCUCUGAACACUUUGGCUCUGCGUGGCUGGAAGUAAGACACAUUUAUGACAGGAGAUGUGAGCAAAUGGCUGAAAAAGACACAAAGGCUUUAUGCCGUUCCGCUCAGCUGUCUUCUGUCGGUGCAGAAUAUCAGCUGGGCGGUCAUAUAUGUGAGAAACUCCCCUCCAAAGCCACUUUGAGAAGCCAUGAUCACCCACCUCAGGUCUGUGCCAAAACCAAAGUAGAAUCUUAUCUUUUCAGCACCCUCUGGGAGCGUCUAAUCAACAGCACUUUCUGGCCUUGGGAUCCGUGUCAGACUACAUUUAGUGUCGUCAGUAAAAGCCGAUGCAACCUUCUCCAGAACUGUCUACACCGCAAACACAGCUCUUAUAACACUUUCAAUAUGGCGGCACCUAAACGCUGGAUCUUAAACCAGUUCCACUGUCAAACACUGGCCCUGCAUCAAAUCCGAACUGUUCAUCAGGCGGCGCCUCGUGUGGCAGAUACCUGGAGGGACUGCCUGUCUCCUGAGAACGAAAACAGAUGCCGACAGAUACUGCAGGCCAAUUGGAAGCUCUACGACAUGGACAAAAUCAGAAAAGGAGCCAGUCAUACUCAUGGGAAGAACAAGGGGAAGUGGGCCUCCAUCUUGGUUUCCCUCUGCCACAGUGAGGGGGGGGCAGCAUUUCUGUUUACUCUGCGCUCCUGUAUGCUAAAAGGCAAACACAAAGGAGACGUCAGCUUUGCCGGUGGAAAGAGCGACCCGUCAGACAGGGAUGUAGUGGCCACCGCACUGCGGGAGGCCAGAGAGGAGCUGGGAGUCACUGUUCCCAUUGAGAGGGUCUGGGGGGUCAUGAAACCUCUGAGGGACGCAUCAGGGAUGAUGAUCGCUCCAGUGUUGGCUAACCUUGGUCCACUUGAGGAGUUGGCUUUCAAACCGAACCCAGAGGAGGUGGACGAGAUCUUCACCUUGUCCUUAUCGCACCUGUGCAAUUCCCAGAACCGCGGCUACACAAACUUCCGUACCGGUGACAAGUACGGAUACACCCUUCCAGUGUUUCGGAACGGGAAGCAUCGGGUGUGGGGUCUGACUGCAGUCGCACUGGACAACACUCUGAAACUCAUUAUACCUCCAUACAGCUCUGUUACUGAGGUGUUCAGUGCUUGAACACGUUUUCCUGUGUAGCAAACGUGAAUAAUAAGUGAAAAAUUUUCUUUCACUUCCUCAGAUUUAUAGUUAUCCAUUUCCUGUUGUGUUUUAUUGUUUACUUUGUAUUGGCUGAACAUAUAAUGAUCUAUUUUGAUUAGAGAGCUCUGCCAGGUUUUGCUAAACUUACUGAAGAAAAUGACAGUUUAAACUUUCCUUUUCUGGUGUUUUUUUUUUUCAAACUAAUAAAUUGAAGGAGUCGAUAUUUUUUUAUGAAGUCCUGUAUAUUGAAACAAGCACAUCUAUAAAAAAGAGCCCAAUGAUUGCCUUUGAUCAUGUUAACCUCAUUAUUUCCUUCUUGAUUGAACCCAGACUGAUAUUAAAGCCUAAAUAAUCAGUGUUUUAUAACUGGAACAAUGUAAUAAAGAUGAUUUUUAAAGCAA